UAUAUGUUGGAGUCAGAAGAGACAAAUACAACAAAAGUGCUCAUUAUAAACACUGUUUCGAGUUUACUUCCAUGGCACGUCUUUCUCUGUUUCUGUCUUUUCUCUCUUUGAUAGCUUUGAUCUCUGUUGUGAACUGUCGUGUUUUAAGUUCUUUAUCUGAGAAAGACUCAAUCUUGGUCUCCGAUGGAGUUCAAGACGGGUCCAGCUACGAGUUUCUGAGUCUUGAUCCGCCAAAUGACAUUACCAAGAAUAUGUGCGUACAUGUCUACGAUUUUCUUCCAUGUGCAGACAAUGUUGCAGGAUAUGUCUUCCAAGUUUUCUCGUUUGGUUGCAUCUUGAUCAUCGGUGAAUACUUCUUGACUAAAGGAAGGACUAAGCUCUUUCUCAUAUUCGAGGUCGGUUUUUAUGGCGGAAUCAUCUUUCCUCUCCUUACUAUGUUCCCACGAAUCGCGCUUAUUCUCUCGACUGGACUGGUGGGAAGCCGCGAAAUGGCAAGCUCGAGGGUUGGUAAUAUCAUUGGAGUUACUGUGGGAUACUCUGUCUUUGCUUUGACAAUACAAUGGGGAGCUUGUAUUCUCUUUGGCUUGUCUGGUACUAAACCAGAACAGCCCAUAGAUUUAUCUGGUACUAAACCAGAACAGCCCACAGAAUCAUCUGGAGAAAAUUCAGACGUAAAGUGUCCAAGAAUACAAUUUUACUGGAAAAAACUAUCAGAUUACGUUUUCGCUAGUGUAGAAGCAGAUAUAACGAACAAGAAAUCGGCAGGGAUUAUGCUCUUGACUAUACUACCUUUCAUAUUGGUCACAUUUUCAGAGAUAUCUAGUUCACAAUAUUGGAAUGACAUAAUCGUUUUGAUCACACUCAUAAUCUCUGCUUCUGCAACUUUUGCCUACUUUUUUUAUUCGUAUUUUGAUAGAGACGACCAAGCGAAGAGUUUAGAUCACGCGAGGUUUGAGCUCAUGUCAGAAGUUCAUAAGCAUUUACAGAUUUUUUCACCCAAAAGCCUUAUAAGAGAUGGACAACUAAAUCAAGAGAGCUUGAAAAGAUUGUUUCAAAAAAUCGAUGCAAACGGAGAUGGAAAGAUCCAAGUUGCAGAGUUGAAAGAUCUUACGGUGGAGUUUGGGAUGAUAGGGAGAGUCAAGUGUCACAUAGAUAAGCUUGUCCAUACAUUGGUUGAUGAUUUCGACAGGGAUGGAGAUCGUGAGAUCGAUGAGGCUGAAUUCGAGAUUGGGAUCAAAAAAUGGCUGAAUCAGUACAAAUUCAGCUUCGAUACCACCGUGCCACCAAGAGAGGACCAAGCUGAGGGAGUACCAAUUCUGAAGGUAGAAAAGCCAGAGCAGAGUCUUGUUAAGAAGCUGCUCUCAUGGAGAACCUUGAGAGCUUCCCUUGAAGUCAUUUUAGGGAUGCUAGUUGUCAUCUAUCUUGCAAGACCUUUCAUGAUGAACAUCCAACUUUUGUCGGAAUCAGCUGGAGUUCCUUCUUUCUAUGUUGUCUUUGUAGUCAUUCCUUUGGCAAGAAACCUAAAGAACACCUUGUCAGCUCACUUCUGUCGCAAGAAAGACAAAGCGAAAAUCACAUCUGACACAUUUUCUGAGAUCUACAAGGAUGUUACAAUGAACAAUCUCAUGGGAAUUUCAAUUAUAUUGGCAAUUGUGUACGCAAGAGAACUAGUUUGGGAUUACACAACAGAAGUUCUCAUUAUAGUGAUCGUUGGUCUCUUAAUAGGCUUACCGGCUUAUGUGAGAACGACUUAUCCAUUUUGGAUAUGUCUCUUGGCCUUUGCUCUCUACUUCAUCUCUCUUGUCGUAGUGUAUUUCCAUUUCAUGUCUCUCGAAAAGGGCACAACUGUCACCUUUAACAAAUAAUCAGUGAAACUGUCCAAGAGUUUUUUUUCCUUUUUUUUUCUCAAGAUUUCCUAGUUUUUCCCAUAUCGAUCCACUAUGUAUUUUCAUAUAUUUCGUCUGUGGUGUAUGUUUUACAAGCUGUUUGGUCCAUAAAUAUAGCUCUAAAGUCUCAAUCUUUGAGGUUAUGAAUUAUCUCUUAAAGUUUGCAGAUAUUGUGC